AUGCUGAAGAAGACGUGGCGCCAGCUGAAGCAACUGCGGGAGCAGAAGGACGAGAUUGCCCGAGAGACGGUCUCCAUCAUGUCGCGACUGGGCAAGAUCGGCCAGUUGCACGACUACGUGAGCAUCGGCGACAACGGCAAGAUGGUGCUGCCUCUGCGCGAGGCGCUUGGCAUGCGCGGCCAGGUGUGGGUCGUGCACGACGUGCGGCCCGAGAGCUCGGAGAUCCCUGUCCCCCUCGGCCACUUCGUGCUUGUGGACUACCAGGACGUGACCACGCCGGGCUGGGCGAUCCCGGACGAGUCGGCCGACCUCGUCACCAUGAACCAGGGCCUUCAUCACCUUCCGCAGACCGACAUCAUGAAGUUCCUGGGCGAGAAGGGACAGGCGCCCACGAGCGAGCUCGACCUGAUCCCGAUGCUCGACUUGGCCCACAGCGUGUUCAACGCGGUCACCGGGGUCUCCCUGCACGACGAACGCAACGAAGUGCGUGCGUUCCGCUCGGUGCUGGCGUGGCGCGAGAUCAUCGAAGCGGCUGGCCUGGUGGACACCAUGGUGUACGAGGUGCAGGCCGACGACCCGACCGUCGACGAGAUGAUGUGCUUUUACAAGCCGCCCUUCACCCACUACGGCCCGCGAGACGACCUGCCUGAGCUCUCCGAGCUUCAGCUACCGGCUCCGCCCCCGUUCGUACCGGUGCUGGCCAACCUGUUCAAGCAGAUCCCUGCCACCGCGCUCGACGUCCUGCGCACGACGAUCGAGGGUCUCAUCACUAACCUGCCCUCGCUGGCCAGCACACUGCUAGCCUACGUGGGCACCACCACCUCGCCGGGCGCGUCCCACGUCAUCAAGCAGGCCAUCGACCGUCUCACGGCCGAGGUCGCCACGUGGCUGGAGCGCUUCCGCCCCUUCAUCGAGUCCUCCGACAGCGGCGACGACGCGGCCCUCAACUUCCUCCCUCCCGAGCUGUUUCUCAUCGUGCCGGCCCUCAACAAGCGGGUUGCGCUAGGAACCGCCUCGCCCAUGGAGAUGGUCGCAGCCGCCAUCCUGCACGACCUCCAGGUCGCCUUUGCUGCUGGACCGGCGGCGGCGGCGGACGACAACAAGGAGCUCAGCGAGUCAGCUCCUGCCAGCAUCUCCACGCGCGGCUUCACGUCCGUCGACGUGACACAGAAGCUCACCACCCUCACGCGCGCCCUGCCUGGACUCCUUGAGCAGAGCGUGCUCGACGAUAUCGAGGUGCCACCGCUGGCCCAGCGCGCCAUUCGCUCCUUCCUUGCCGCCUCCGCGUCGGCCAAGGAGUACGAGGCCGCCACCAGUGGUGUCGAAUCACCACAUGCCAAGACCGAGGACCGGUUCCUGCCCAUCGGCGAGGGGGCAGUGAAAUACCUGGACCUCCAGGCCUGGAAAGAGCUCUCAACCGCGCUGGACGAGAUCACCAAGCGCCGGGUAGCGCCUCCACCCCUCCACGCCAUCAUCGCGGCGGCCGGGGCCAAGGAGAGCCUGCGCGGCACCGACAGCGCCGCAGUAUGGGCUCGCGCCCUGUCAGCUGUGCUCGGCUCGCCGCUGGUCUACCUCACCCGCGCGCUGGUCUUCCAGUUGAGGCUGCCUGGGAUCUCGCCCAAAAGCGGCGCAAGGCGACGUGCGGAGGACGAGGAAUCGGCGAAUCCGCUACUCGAGGCUCUCCGCCCGUUCACGGAGCCCCCUACCAACGACGCUGUCAUGGAGGAGGGCCACUUCGUCGAUGUUCAUAACGUGGCCGAGGUCGUGUCGGCCACCUUCGGCUACACGAGCAUCACGGCCAGGCCCACCGACGUGACCGCGAUCAUCGCCCGCCGGCUCAAGAACAACACCCUGCGGCUGGCCGACCUGUCAUCGUCUAAGCUCCAGAAGCAGCGGGAGGUGGUGCCUCUUCUAGGCUUGGACCGGCUCCGCAAGGCGGUCACGCUCAACGUCUCUGAGCUGAAGAUCCGGUACCGGCCGGUGCUGGAGACCGACCCCACCUACCAGCGCAAGGUCGACGAGUUGCUCCUCCAGCUUUCCGAGUCCGGCUGGGUCAAGCCGCUCCACCGAAACGACGGCCAUUUCACCUGGUUCAAGCUCCCCGAGUGGAUGCAGGUCGAGAUGGUGCAGAUCUUCGGUGAGAGCAUGAACCACACGCCGUGGUACCGCUUCCCGUUCAUGCCGUUCAUCAAGCUCUACUUCGAGGUUCUGCUCAAGGAGGUGGGCAUCGUGCGGUCCGAGCACGGACUGGUCAAGGCUCUGUUCAGCAACGCCUUCCUGACCGACCUCAUACCGGGCGUGGUCAUGUUCGGCCUGUUCCUCCAGCUGCAGCUCCUCGCGCUGCCGGUCAAGUCGAUCGGCGGCGAGGAGUACACGCCGGAGCUCAUGGUCGAGCAGGUGGUCCUUCUCACCCCGCCGGCGGCCGCUUCAUCGUCGCAGCCCAUCGCGUGGCGCAAGAUCGACAAGCGCAUUUCGGCCCAGCAGGUGGCCGAGGGCGAGGGGCUCUACAUUCUCACCGUGCCCACCUUCAAGCCGCUCACCGAGAUCCUCCGCAAGAUCGCCAGCAAGCUGCCGCAGAGCCAGGUGCUGGAGAUCUCCAACCAGCGCGUCGUCCAGGUGAAGGUCCUCCUGCCGGCCAGCAGUGCCGAGACGGACGAGGACGAGGCGGCGCUCCAGGCCAAGCUGGGGGCGAUCACCGGGUGCGCGGUCAUGUUCACCUACCGCUUCCCGGUCGACGGCUCGUCCGCGUCUUCGCGCCCACGCCUGUGCGUCUCCCUGCGCGUCGCCACGCUCGCCGUCGUUCGCCUCUUCCAGGUGUGCGCCCAGCUUGGGGUCUCCGUCGAGCAGGUCUACGACUUCUACGCCUGA